GUCGUCUUCGGCGUCGUCGGCGACACCGGCCAGACGGAGGUCACCCGCGGGGUGCUCAAACAUCUGUCGGAGAUGAAACCGCACGCGCUGCUGCACACCGGGGACUUGUCCUACGCGGACGGAUUCCCGCCGCGGUGGGACACGUUCGGUAGGCUCGCGGAGCCUUUGAUGUCCAAAGUCCCGAUGCUCGUCGUCGCCGGGAACCACGACGUGACGCUCAACGGCGUGGAGUCGACGGCGUUUCGCGCGCGAUAUCCGACGCCGUACCUCGCCAGCGGCAGCGCGUCCCAGGACUGGUUCUCGCACGACGUCGGGAUCGCUCACGUGAUCGGGCUGAACAGCUACGCGCCGGUGACGCCCGGGCGGUUCGACGGGUCGAACGCGCCGAUGUUCGAGUGGCUGAAGGGUGACCUCGCGUCGAUCGAUCGCGCGUUGACGCCGUGGGUGAUCGUGAUGUUCCACGUCCCGUGGUACAGCUCCAACGCGGGGCACUACAAGGAAGCGCUCCGCGCGCAGGAGAAGCUCGAGCCGCUUCUGUACGACGCCGGCGUGGACGUCGUCCUGAACGGGCACGUGCACGCGUACGAGCGGUCGCGCCCGGUGAGGGACUGGAAGGAGGACGCGUGCGGCGCCGUGCACCUCACCGUCGGCGACGGCGGCAACUACGAGGGUCCGUACGGGCAGUCGUGGUCCGAGCCGCAGCCGGCGUGGAGCGCGUUCAGGGAGGGCUCCUUCGGCGCGGGGCGUCUGGAGAUUUUGAACGCCACGCACGCGAGUUGGGAGUGGCGAAGG